AUGCUCCUCCUCACCUACCUAUUCUUCUUUUUGAGCCCAUGCUGGGCUCAAAACUUGUCCGAAAUGAUUGCUCAAAACCCACUGCUUGCAAAAAUGUCAAUGUUUCAAGAGUACCAAGAGAACUCAACAAUUCCAUUGCCAUCGUCUCCAGAGGACACCGAAGAGGAUGAGGCGGCGAGGAGAAUGGUAAAUUCUUAUUGA